GAUGAGCUUCAGCGGCGCCUCUUCGCCAAAUGGACAGACUUGAAAAGGCGGCGUUGAAAGGAAAUUAUAAAUUUCCUCAAUGACAUGUAGCGGGAGCGCAGCUUUCUCCAGCAGCGGUUUAAUCAACAUCUCGGGAUUUUCCUUCAAGUGCUUCGGUCCUUCCUGCCGCCGGCGGUUCCUGCUCCGACGCGGGUGUGGAUUUUUGGUUUCCUCCGAGGUGGGAACAGCAGAUACUUAACGCUCUCCUGCAAGUUUCCACAUCAUCCAGGAUGGAUUUUGUGUCAUCGCUGAUUGGAUUUUUAAUGGCGAUGUGUCAUCUGGCGCUGGGAGUCACGGGAGAAGGGGUGCGGGAGUGCGGCGGCGUGCUGGACGCCAGCGAGCCCGGGUACAUCACGUCCCCGGGUUACCCCCUGGAGUACCCGUCCCACCAGAACUGCCACUGGAUCAUCACGGCGCCGGAGCCCUCGCAGCGCAUCGUCCUCAACUUCAACCCGCACUUCGAGAUCGAGCGGCUCGACUGCAAAUACGACUUCAUAGAGAUCCGCGACGUAUCGGACACCGCCGACGUUCUGGGCCGGCACUGCAGCAACAUCGCCCCGGCGCCCAUCAUCUCGUCCGGCCCCUCCCUCCAGAUCCGCUUCGUCUCGGACUACGCCCACCAGGGGGCGGGCUUCUCACUGCGCUACGAGAUCUUCAAACAGGGUUCCGAAUUCUGCUUUCGCAACUUCACCAGCCCGUCUGGCAUGAUCGAGUCCCCGGGGUUCCCGGAUAAAUACCCUCACAAUCUGGAGUGCUCCUACAUGAUCAUCGCCCCGCCCCACAUGGACAUCGCGCUCACGUUCCUGACCUUCGACCUGGAGAACGACCCCCUGCUGGUGGGAGAGGGCGACUGCAAGUACGACUGGCUGGACGUGUGGGACGGCCUGCCUCAAGUGUCCCCCCUGAUCGGCCGCUACUGCGGGACCAAAAUCCCCCCGGAGAUCCAGUCGUCGUCCGGCCUGCUGUCGCUGUCCUUCCACACCGACAUGGCGGUGGCCAAAGACGGCUUCUCCGCCCGCUACAACAUGACGCACAAAGAAGUCUCCGACUCGUUCCACUGCAGCAUGGCGCUCGGCAUGGAGUCGGGGAAGAUCAGCGACGACCAGAUCUCGGCGUCCACCACCUUCUACGACAACCGCUGGCUGUCGCGCCAGGCGCGCCUCAACAACGACGACAACGCCUGGACGCCGGCCGAGGACAGCAACAAGGAGUACAUCCAGGUCGACCUUCACUUCCUCAAAGUUUUGACGGGGAUCGCCACGCAGGGCGCCGUGUCCAAGGAGACCCAGAAGAGCUACUUCGUCACCACCUUCAAGCUGGAGGUCAGCACCAACGGCGAGGACUGGAUGGUGUACCGCCACGGCAAAAACCACAAGAUCUUCCACGCCAACACGGAUCCGGCCGAGGUGGUGCUGAACCGGGUCCCGCAGCCGGUCCUGGCCCGGUUCGUCCGCAUCCGGCCGCAGACCUGGAAGAACGGCAUCGCCCUCCGAUUCGAGCUCUACGGGUGUCAGAUUACAGACGCGCCGUGCUCAGACCUGCAGGGCCUGCUGUCCGGCCUGCUGCCCGACGCGCAGAUCUCCGCCUCGUCCAGCCGGGACAUGGUGUGGAGCCCCGGCGCCGCCCGGCUGGUGGCCAGCCGCUCCGGAUGGUUCCCGGCGCCGGCGCAGCCGCUGGCCGGAGAGGAGUGGCUGCAGGUGGACCUCGGCGUGCCGAAGACGGUGCGCGGGGUCAUCACGCAGGGGGCGAGGGGAGGAGACGCCGCCGGCGGCGCCGCCACGGAGAACCGGGCGUUCGUGAGGAAGUAUAAAGUCGCCUACAGCGUGAACGGGAAAGAGUGGAACUUCAUCAUGGACGUGAAAACCAGUCUUCCUAAGAUCUUUGAGGGCAACACGCACUACGACACCCCGGAGCUGCGCCACUUCGAGGAGACGGUGGCGCAGUACGUCCGGCUCUACCCGGAGCGCUGGUCCCCCGCCGGCAUCGGCAUGAGAGUGGAGAUCCUGGGCUGCGACCUUCCAGAAACCACCACGCCCGCCGACACGGCCACGCCGACUGCGCCCCCGGACGUCCAGACCACCACGGUCCCCGUCACCACCACAGCCGCCACCGCUCCCCCGUCGGACAGCGCGUGCGACUUCGACCGCGACCUGUGCGGGUGGACGCACGACCCCAACGCCCCGCUGCUCUGGUCCCUGCACAGCCACGAGCUGAACAGCUACCUGUACCUGGACGCCGGCCUGAAGACGGAGCAGCAGCAGGCCCGCCUGCUCAGCCCGGCGGUGGCGGCCGACACGGGGCCGCUCUGCCUCUCCUUCUCCUACCAGCUGUGGGGCGAGGCGCAGGGCCACCUCAGGGUGCUGCUGCGGGACGCGCACGGCGAGGAGACGGUGCUGUGGACGCUGCGGGACGACCAGGGCCCCGUGUGGAGGGAGGGCCGCACCAUCCUGCCCCGCUCCCCCAAGGACUUCCAGGUCGUGAUGGAGGGUUUCUUCGUGCACGGCACCAGAGGACACAUCUGGAUCGACAACAUCCACAUGAGCUCCAGCUCGCCUCUGAAGGAAUGCACACAACCCUUCGCCGCCUUCUCUCCGGAAAAUCCAGUCAAGAGACCCACCGACUUCGGCGACGGUCGGCUUUUCAGCGACAGAGACGCGCUGGGCGGAGGUCUGCAGUUCCCCGAGUGGAGCACGGCGUCUCCGUCGUCGGACCCUCCGGUGACGCGGGUCUCGGAGAAGGACAACUCGUGGCUCUACACCCUGGACCCCAUCCUGGUGACCAUCAUCGUCAUGAGCUCCCUGGGCGUCCUGCUGGGGGCGGUGUGCGCCGGCCUCCUCCUCUACUGCACCUGCUCCUACAGCGGCCUGUCGUCGCGCUCCUCCACCACCCUGGAGAACUACAACUUCGAACUGUACGACGGCCUCAAGCACAAGGUCAAACUCAACCAGCAGCGCUGCUGCACCGAGGCGUGAGGGCGGCGCCGCCGCCGCCGCCGGAAACCCAGCGAGAGACAGAGCCAUUUUUUUGUGAAAACCUCUCACUAUUUGCAUCCUCUCCCCCAGUUCACUUUAGUGUCAGUAUACUUCCUUGGUGGUGCAGAUCCCAGGACGCAGGGGCCGUGAGAAAGCCGCAUUUUAGCUGUUUCUCUUAGAAACAUGUGGCACAGACCAGUAUUGGUAGUUUUUUUUUCUUUUGUUUGUGUGGUCACAGAACCAGUAAGCGAAACACUGAGGGUUGCUACAAGACGGACUGUUCUUCAGGGGAUGUUAGGCCUCAAAAAAAAAAAAAA